UAGUUUAUCGAUAAAGGUCACACUGAUGUGCUGUCUUCUUUUGUUAAAAAUAAAAAAAUAAAGAAAAAAUCACUUUCGGUGCGGUUACGGGCUACAGAAAAAGCGUCGAACAGAGCCCGAAUACGGUGUGCGGAAAAAUGAAUUCAAAGUAGCAUUACAAGUGCCGCUUUUCUCUCCCCCAACGACACAGUGCGCCAUCGUUGGCACCUACAACGUACAUCGUUAAUAAUACACAACAAUAGCAGCAGAGCAGGCAGCACUAAAAAUAUGUACAAUAACGGGGCGAGGGGCUUCUCCAUACACGACGCGUUCGAGGAGGAAACAGACGAGGCGAUACGCGUAUAUGGCUCCACAGUGAUAUCCACACCCAUGCGGGGCGGAAAACAAGGUCGCUCCACCGAAGAUGUAUCCAUACGCAUACAGGAUCCAAAGGGCUAUAACAAAUACGCCGAAGACACAACCUCCAGGGACAGCGACUCACUCAUCCAGGAAUAUGGUAAUCUGCCCACGGAGGAGACCAACACAUAUUGCUGGCGACAUCCGAAGGUGCGCGAGAACUGGCGCACAGUGCUGGCCGCCUUCACGUUGCUGAUUGUGGGCACGGGCCUCUUUGUGAUGGGCACCUUUGCCAUUGCCGAUCCGCAAAACACAUCGCAGGGUGUUGUGUUCUUUGUCGCUGGACUUAUUUGCUUUAUACCAGGAGCCUAUCAUGUCGUCUACAUUUGGCUGGCAGCCAAAGGCUAUCGAGGGUUCGAUUUCUAUCACCUGCCCCUGUUCACAUAAACAAAGGAGAGCAGCUGCAUUGGAGUGAAUUGGUUGAUCCAACAGAAGAGAGAAGAGAGAUAAGCAGUGAAAGAGAAAGAGAGAGAGAAAGAGAGAGAGAGAGAGAGGGAAUGGGAGAACCCUGUCUAUAAAUAUAAAUCUAAACAUUUGUUUAUAUUUUCUGUAAGCGAAUCUUAUGUUCUAUAACGUAAAUAACUCCAAACUCGUUUUGUGUAACGCACGUUUUUUGUUUAGACCAAGCUUCCCGAGAAAAACCCCUCAGAACCCGAAUCGAAAUUUAGCAAUAUAUUUAUAUAAAUGAUAUAUACUUUACAAGAAAUUAUA